AUGUGGAGUGCUUCUCUCACGACAUCGAGGCUGUUAAGCCGAUCAAGAUGUUCCUGCGAGGACUAUACUGUCGUGACCGGAACGAGGUUUCCAGCCUCGGCAACGGCUACACGAAUUAGCGAUGCAGCUCCCACGGGUGCGGCUGCUUCUAUUGCUGCUGCUGCUGUUUCUGCUGCUGCUGUUUCUGCUGCUACUGUUUCUGUUGCUGCUGUUUCUGCUGCUACUGGUUAUCCGUCACCUCCAAAAUUCGUUACAAGAAUGACUUCAACGAGCUUAGGCGUCCUCUUGGAAGAGCUGGUGGCUAAUGGACUGAAGCCGGUCCAAAUUCACAAGAUGGCCCGCCACAAAAAGGCCGUCAAGUACCGCGACCAGCUAUACCUGGUUCACCUUGAGAAGAACUCAACAACUUUGAUGGACCUCCAGAGCAUCUGCGUCCUGUUCAACAUAGUGGUGAAGUGGGAUCGGUACAAGCCGGUCAGUCGUGGAGUCACCCAAUGCUCGAACUGCCUGCUGUUUGGGCAUGGAACGAAGAAUUGUUCUAUGGUCAGACGCUGCAUCAAGUGUGGCAAACAACACAAAACCGACACCUGCGACAGACUCAAUGAGGCCGAUCCCAUUUGCGCCAACUGUGGUGCUGCUCACAAAGCUAUAAGCAAGGCCCGAAGCGCACCGAACCGACAUGAGAAGAAGCGAACUUUGAUUAUACUUCCCUCGGAUUUUACUUGUCUGCAAAACGCAGCCAUUGGCAAUAUCCAGCUUCUCCUCCGUCGGGGUCGUGUGCGGCCAUUAAAACAUUCCCAAACUAUUCAUCAUGCGUGGAAUAUAUGCUUUUUCUUCGCUGCUGCAAUAUACCUCAGUCUGUAUCACAAACUGUUAAUACACCCGCAGAUUGCCAAUCAGAGCAGUAAAUAUUUCCCCCAAUACAAUAAUACCAUCUUCCUGACAGCGUGUGACGUGAUAAAAUUUGAAUUCGUGACCAUGUUACUGGUUGCAUUCGACAUCAACGGUGCCCUAGCUAGACUUAAACAUGGCGAUUAUUCGGAAGCGAUCUCAAAGUUUUUCUACGCAUCUCUACUAAUCUGCUGUUUUGUACUAAGAUUGGAAAACUACAGUGUACUGUUGAAUCUUUAUCUGGGAAUAUUCAACACGAUCCAAGAAAUCUUACUACUGUUUUCGCUACACACGAGCGAGAAAGGUGAUAGUACUUUAAAACUCUAUGUGAUAUUUAUUUUUAGUUCUUGGUCCUACCUGUUCCUUAAUAUUCUACCAUUUGAGUUUCUCAUUCCCACAUUAUACGCCAACAGUAAGGAGCUGUAUCUGUAUUUAAAUCUCUUUUUCUGGCUGUGGUACUGUUCCUGUAUCUGGAAUUCCCCGAUCCUGAAGUUCCUGUAUCAUAAAAUCUACCACCUGCAGUCGAAUGAUUGCAUCGGUGGCGAGUCAUCGGUACGUUGCAUUCUGUUCAAAGAUUCUCCAAACUACCGUAACUACCGCUCAGUUAAACAGGCGUAUCUGGAGUUGAAAUUAUUCUAUGAUAAAAGCAAAAUAAGCGGAACAAGGCACAGAGAUGGUGAGAAUUCUUCAACCAAAGUUCUCCAAACCAUCAAAUGUGUAUUGGCGGUUAAACGAAAACUGAAACGAAUGCGUGAAAAUCGAGACUGAUGGUAUUAUGCACAACUUCCACUAUCUAUUUAGGUAGGUAUUUACAGAACAAAUACACCUCAGCAGUGCAAACAGCUCAUCAUGUAUUUGAACAUAACCUGAAUGCAGACGAGCCGAACAUAUGUUAAGGAUUACUAUAAUUUAGCAAAGAACGAAAGGAGGCCGAGUAAAUGAAUUUCUAAGUU